ACCCCCAGCUUUCCCGUCCUGAAAUCAGCUUCAUGGUCUUGCUAACAUUGAGAGCAAAAUUGCUGUUCUCACAACAUUCAAUCAAAUUAUCAAUCUCCCUCCUGUACUCUGGCUUGUUGUUGUUACCUGUUUUUCAUUAUACAACAGUGGUAUAGUCAGCAAAUUUAAUGAUGAUAUUAGAGCUGUGUCUAGCUACACAGUCAGGGGUAUAGUGAGUGUAGAGCAGGGGUCUGAGCACAAGAUCUUGAGGUGUUCCAUGUUAUAUGGUUAUAUGUUAUAUGGUUAUAUGUUGAUUAUCGAGGAGGAUUUGUUUCCAAAUCGUAUCAAUUGUGGUCUGCGAAUGAGGAAGUCGGGGUCCAAUUAGUCAAAUUUAUUUGUCAUAUGCACCAUAUUACAUAGGGACGAGCAGAGACCCAGUUCUCUGAGUUUGAUAAGUUUGGAUGGAAAGUAUACUGUUGAAGGCCGAGCUGUAGUUGAUGAAUAACAAACUGAGUCAAUCUACUUGAAGUCCAGAACAAGGGGUCACAGUUUAAGGAUAAGGGGGAAAUCUUUUAGGACCGAGAUGAGAAAAACAUUUUUUUUCACAGAGAGUGGUGAAUCUCUGGAAUUCUCUGCCACAGAAGGUAGUUGAGGCCAGUUCAUUGGCUAUAUUUAAGAGGGAGUUAGAUGUUGCCCUUGUGGCUAAAGGAAUCAGGGGGUAUGGAGAGAAGGCAGGUACAGAAUACCGAGUUGGAUGAUCAGCCAUGAUCAUAUUGAAUGGUGGUGCAGGCUCGAAGGUCCGAAUGGCCUACUCCUGCACCUAUUUUCUAUGUUUCUAUGUUACUUACUGUUUGAUAGGAGACCUAAAGACCGGAUUGUAAACCAAACCGGAAUGGCACAAUGGAGGUUGCUACAACAAGGAAGAGAUAUUCAGACAAAACGAAUGAAGACUCUCACUUUUAUGUUGCGUAAUCUGAUGUACAUAUGAGAAACCCAUAACAGUCUGGUAACAGUCACAAGUCCCAUGAGACCGUUUGUGCUGAAACAGUGGUUUUGGAUGGGGAACGAAAGACUGUGGAAUUUACCUCGGCGACCAAGUAAGAAAGAAGCUGGAUACUAUAUGAAGGGGUAAAGUAAGGUUAUUAUCAUCCAAGCAUGGAUUUGGUUGGAAAAGACGAAUCACCUUCAGCCUCAGCAGAUGGAGAAGGAGAGGCAAAGCCAGACCAAAAAAGUCACUUGCCUCCAAAACUGUUGGCUAAAAUCGAGCGAAACCGGCAAAGAGCACUGCUUCUGAGACAAGCCAGAUUGGCAAGCAGGCCUUACACUCCCGUUGGUACAAGUAACAAUAUUACAAAGCCAGCACACAAAGUAGUAGAUACAGGAGGAGGGUUCUUUCUGGAAGAGGAGGAGGAUGAGAUACAAGAAGUGAAUAAAGUCAUACAUCAGCCAGGACCUUUCAUGGAAUUUGAUUACUUAUUAUGUGAAGAAUGUGGUAAAGAGUUCAUGGAUUCCUUUCUGAGCAGUCACUUUGAUCUUCCUGUCUGUGACAACUGCAGAGAUAAUGAAGAGAAACACAAACUUAUCACUCGAACGGAGGCCAAGCAGGAAUUUCUGUUGAAGGACUGCGACCUGGACCAAAGAACUCCUGUACUCAAAUUUACUCUGAGGAAAAAUCCACAUAACAUUCAAUGGGGUGAAAUGAAACUUUACCUGAGGUUGCAGAUAGUAAAACGGUCCCUAGACGUGUGGGGUAGUGACGAGGCUGUGCAGCAGGCUAAAGAAACAAGGCAGGAGAACAGAGAGAAAAUGAAGCAAAAGAAAUUUAAUAAAAAAGUGAAAGAGCUUCGCCGAGCCGUGAGGAGUAGCCUGUGGAAAAAGGAAUCUGCCUCGCAUCAACACGUGUAUGGGCCUGAAGUAUACCUCGAGGAGGAAGAUGAGUAUAAGAAAACUUGUGCAACAUGUGGCCACCAAUUAAUUUAUGAAAAAAUGUGACUUGAUCUAAUGGCUCCUGUAUAGAAUGUAGAUUUGUCACUUCAAGAAUUGUAUAUAGUUUAUUUUUAAUAAAUCAAUUUGUGCAGA